AUGAUGAACUCGGGCAACUCGCUAUUGCUGCGUCUGUUCAAGUCGGAAUUCUUCAACGCCUGGAUCGCGGUCUCGUACCUCUUCAAAUACCCUGAUGCCGUCGGAAUCCAACACUACCUCUGCAACGAGCUCAAAAAGUUCCCCCUGGACGAAAUCGAGUUUUUCCUGCCCCAGCUCGUCCAUUUGCUGAUCAGCAGGCCGUCGGAAUCGGUCGCGCUCGAGAACUUCAUCUUGGACCGCUGCCAGAUCUCUUCUCAUAUGGCAAUCCUUACGCUAUGGUACUUGCAGGCAUACACCUCGGAUCUGGCCGCCUCUCCCAACACACCUUCGUUCAAGCUGUGCAAACGAGUCUUCAACAAAUGUCAGGCUAUCGUGUUUGCGACCGAGGCACCCGGAGAGUACGAAGAUAUUUUUGGUAAGAACGGUGUCCCAAAAGUCAAGGAGAAUGCACUUUCGGCGAUGGUCGGCAUGGGCGUCAUGUUGGCUGCCUUUGGUCAGCCAUUGAUGACCAAGAGCCCUGGUCAAUUGGCUCUUGCUCAGGGUCGCCGGCCCAGGGCCUUCAGUACCGCAGGAGACACUCUGGAAGAUGCUGUCGUAGGGGAGCCCUCAACGCAACAGCAUCAGCCACCACACCAGCACCAUCAGCCACCUCAGCCUGUUCAGCCUCAGCAGCCAGUACCUGUUAUCGAAACAAACCAUGUGUCUCCUCAGGAGAGUGGCCGGUCCACACCAGCGGGGAUCAACAUAACGCGACAUGAGGAUGGAGCAACUUCGCCCAUGUCACCUUCAGCAGAGCCCGGCUCACCCCACGCGACCAUCCCGGGAAUCAGUGUGUCGACUGCGCAAACCAUUCAACGGAACCAUGUCGUUACUUCGCCUUCGCUCGAAGAUCUUCGUGGAGGACAGGCCUUCAAGCACAAGCGGGACCGAUUCUCCAGUCCUCGUUACAGUCACGACACUGCUCCAUCGUCCCCCAUCAGCUUGAAGUUCUCGGAUCGUGGCUCUAUGGAUGGACAGUCCUCUGCAGCCUCGCUGGAGCUUGCCCGCCGCUCAUACUUCCAUUCGGAAAUGCAGUUCCUCUUGGCCCUUGUUGAUAUCGCAACCAGGCUCGUGAUUGUCCCCAAGCCUGCCCGCUUGAGUGCUCUUCGUGCAGAGCUCACAUUGUUGAACCAUAAUCUGCCAGCCGAGAUUUGUGUCCCGCUCUGGUGCCACGCCACACUCGAGAACCCAUCGCAUCACCGCGUCGUGCGUAUCCCACCUCAAGACGCCGUCGUCUUGAACUCUGCCGAUCGCGUACCUUAUUUGUUGCAAGUCGAGGUGCUGGAGACGGACAUGAGUGUCGAGGAGAUUCGCGCGCAACGCAGGGAUCUUGGCGACGAUGAGGAGGAGGAGGAUCACCGUAGCGCAUCUCGCACGCAAGGAGUGGAGUUGAACGAGAACGGCUCGAUUCAGUUGGAAGCCACCAUCGACACCAACGGCGGCAGUGCCGAGCCCUCGAGGGACGCGUCAGAGGCUUCUUCGACUACUGCAUCAGAGUCAAAAGACAAGGAGGAGAGCGAAGAGGCAUUAGUCGACACUAUUCCCAAUCCACCCGUUGGAUCUCUUGCCGAGCUCAGCAUUUCGCCUCCUGGAUCGCCUUUCCCUGCCAGUCCCGUGAUCACUGUGGACCCCUCAGGACGCAUGAGUAGCCCUACUCCCUCAUCACCUGGAAACCGCCCUGUGACCCAAUCUCGCUCGAACGAGGCUUAUUUGCAGACAGUGCUGAGGCGCCGCGCCUCCAACAGUGCCGACGAUUUUGCAGAGAAGAUGCGAACUGCUGCCGUUAUGUUGGCUCAACUGAGCCAACAGCAGGCUGCCCAACAGGCCGGUGCUGGUGCCAACGGAAACGCAAGAGUCAGCUCUCAAUCUCGCUCAAGCAUCAAGGCCAAGGCUACUUCAGUCGAGGACAUUCGCGCCAAGAUCAUCAAGGAGAUGAUGGCCCUGGAAGAGCAGAGGAUGCAGAGGAUGAAGCUUGAGGGUGUGAGCAGCGGUGUUGGCGGCGGUGGCGGUGAAGGUGCCGGCAGUGAAAUGCUGGAAGAUGAGCGCAAGGUCAUGGCCAACGUCACCACCGACGACCCAAGCGCGGCCGUGUUUGCUGAGGAUUGGGAUGCCAAGAUGAACCGUAUUCGUGCCACAUCGCCCUAUGGACAUUUGCCCUCAUGGCAACUUCUUUCGGUUAUUGUGAAGCAGGGCGCCGAUCUGCGUCAGGAGCAGCUGGCCUGCCAGCUGAUUCGCGAGAUGGGAUGGAUUUGGGAGCGCGCCAAGAUUGACGUCUGGAUCACCUACAUGCGUAUCUUGGUGACAUCGGACAACUCUGGAUUGAUCGAGACUGUUCGCAACACCAUCUCCAUCCACUCUAUCAAGAAGGAUGCCUAUGCCCGUCGCUUGAACGAAGUCGGCGUUGUCUUUACCCUCUACGACUACUUCCAGCAGAAAUUCGGUGACCCUGCCAGUGAAAAGUUUAUCAAGGCUCAGGACAACUUUAUGCGUUCGCUGGCGGCGUACUCUGUGAUCACAUAUGUCCUUCAGAUCCGCGAUCGUCACAACGGCAACAUUUUGUUGGACACGGAGGGUCAUAUUGUGCACAUUGAUUUCGGAUUCAUGUUGUCAAAUUCUCCUGGAUCGGUCGGUUUCGAAUUGGCACCAUUCAAGUUGCCUCAGGAAUACCUGGAUGUGCUUGGUGGAGUGAACAGCGAAAAGUUUGCAGAGUUCAAGGUGCUAUUGAAGAAGGCGUUUAUGGCGGUCCGGAAACACACUGAGAACAUUGUGUUGUUGAUCGACAUGAUGUCCAAGGACUCGAAGCUGCCCUGUUUCCAAUACGAGAACGCGGCGCAGGCGGUGCGGGACCGGUUGGCGCUCAACUUGACGGAGGUGCAGGCGGAGGAGUUUAUCGAGAAGCUGAUUAUGAGCAGUUGCUGUAAUGUCUUUACGAGACUUUAUGAUACCUUCCAGUACUAUUCAAACGGCAUUCUGUAG